CAGGCGCAGCAUGGCCAAGCCCGGUUCAGAUAAGAGCCCACGGAUCUUAGACGGCAAUGAUCUCAAGGGGCUUGCGAAAUAUAUGAAGUCAGAUAAGUGCCAGAAGGUCUUCCUUAUGGUGAGCGUGAGUACAUCCGCCGGUAUACCCGACUUCAGAUCCCCUGGUACAGGUAAGCCAACCUUGCACGGACUGAAUCUCCCCUUUCCGGAGGCGGUAUUCGAGAUAGAGUUCUUUAGAAGAAAUCCAGUACCUUUCUAUACCCUAGCCAAGGAGCUUUACCCGGGGCGCUUCCGGCCCACACCCACGCACAGCUUCAUAACACUCCUCCAAUCGCAUUCCCUCUUGCAUACCUGUUUCACUCAGAACAUAGACACACUCGAGCGGCGCGCAGGAGUACCGGCGGAUAAGAUCAUCGAGGCACAUGGGAGCUUCGCUACUCAGCGGUGCAUUGAAUGCCAGACGCCCUAUGACGCUGAGAAGAUAAAGAAGGCGGUGCUGAGCGAGGAGAUAGAGAUUCCGAAGUGUGAACAGAAACGGUGUCGGGGCCUGGUGAAACCAGACAUUGUCUUUUUCGGGGAAGGGCUUCCCGAUGAGUUCCACAGGUCUAUCCGCAAUCUGCGAGAAGCGGAUCUAUUGAUUGUGUUGGGAACAUCGCUGACUGUGCACCCAUUUGCCUCUCUCGUGGACCGUGUGCCAAACGACUGCCCCCGGGUGCUGAUUAAUCUCGAUGAGGUAGGCCACUUCAAUAAGCCAGACGAUGUGUUGCUUCUCGGAAAGUGUGAUGAGGUUGUACGGGAGCUAUGUAGAGAACUUGGGUGGGAGGAGGAGCUUGAUGCCGCCUGGGAGAAGACGAAGGACAGCUUGGAAGAUGGGGAGCAAGAGCCAGGAGCCGGAGGCAGACGGUGGAGGAAGAGUUGGAGAAGAUUACGAAGGAUUUGGAGCAGACUGCUCAAUGUCAGUGACAAGAAGGAUGAAGAAAGUCCUUUGGCGAAGAACGAAGGCCAAGUUGAAGAGGGCAAGUCGAGCCCUACACAGUCCCCGACGGAGGGGAAACUUUAGUAGAGCUGAUAGAGCUUAAAUCACAGUUUAAGUUGCACGUUUUUGUGGAUCUAUGCUUCAAACAUGAAAUAAAUGUGCGUGUUGUGGGU